GGGAAAAAAUAAACAGCGGGAAACACCAAACCGAACGGAACCGAAGGGACUCCAUAGAACCAUAACUAGAAGCUCACUAUAAAAGCAAGAAACAACACGCAUUUCACUCUCUCAGCUCUCGAAACCCUAACGCUGCCGCUGUUGCCUCCUUCACUCCGGUGGCUUCCCUCUCUCCCGUUCAUCUCUGCGACUGCGACUGCGACUGCCACGGUUAUCACUGAUUGAUUCGACGGAGGAAGAUCGUAUUGCAAGAAAGGAUUUGAAAGCUUAUAUAAAGAUCCCAGAUAGUGAAGUUGAUAAGAAGCAAACCAUGGCAGUUGGAAUUCAAUUUGAGGAUGGUCUUGAUACUAUGGAGGAUCUGGACUUUGAGGGUGAUCUUGAUAUGGAGCCUGUGGAAUUUGAUCAAGAAAAAUGCAGAGAUGGUCUUUUAAAGAUGAUAAUUAUUGAUGGACUGCCGUUCACGUCUGUUGAGAAACCUGGACUUCAAAAUUUACUGAAGGUUAUGCAACCUCAAUUUGAAAUUCCUUCCGCGGAGGAUGUUGAAAGAGAUUGCAUACAGUUGUUUGAAGAGGAGAAAGAAAAAUUGAAAUCUAUGUUGUCUUCCAACCUUCAAAUGGUUUCUUUGACAAUUGAUACUUGGACUUCAAUUGAAGACAUGACUUAUCUGUGUGUGACUGCUCAUUUUAUUGAUGAGGGAUGGGAUUUGCAUAAAAAGAUAUUGAGUUUUGGUGUGAUUCCUGACCGUGAAGGGGAAAGCAUAGGGGAACCUUUAAAGGAAUGCCUAAAAGAUUGGGGGAUUGUCAAGAUUAGCACUAUAACGGUGGAUAAGUCUAUUGCUGACAGCACUAUACCAUAUUUGGUUAGGAGUAUAAGUGAUUGGAAUGGUAAUACCAUCUUGAAAGGGGAGUGCAUGCAUCUAAGAUGUUUUGUUGACCUCUUGAAUUCAAUUGUUUGUGACGAGAUGAAGAAACUAGAUUCCUCUAUUGGCAAGAUCAGGGCUUCUUGUAGGUAUUUGAUGUCAUCGUCUACUGGUUUGGCUUCGUUUAAGAGGUGUGUCCAAUUGGAAAAUUUACCCACCAAUCAAAUCCUAAUACUUGAUCUGCCAACUAAUUGGAAUACCACCUACCUAAUGUUGGAAGCGGCUGAAAAGUUUGAAAAAGCAUUCACUCGCCUUGAAAGUGAUGAUCCCUCUUAUCUAAGUGCCCUUGAAACUGAUGGGGGGCCUCCAAAUUAUGAUGAUUGGAAUCAAGUUCGUAUCUUGGUGAAACUUUUGAAGAUUUUUCAUGAUACUAUACUUGCAUUCUCUAGAUCGUGGCAUGUCACUGCUGACAUCUUUUUCCGUCAUCUAUAUCAAGCCCUAUAUACGUUGAGUAAGUGGAUGGAAAGUGAUGACUUGGGGUUACAAAGGAUGGCAACAAAUGUGAAAACUGAAGUUGACAAAUAUUGGGACAUCAAUGGAAAUUUAAAUUAUCUCUUGCUGGUGGCUGUUGUCCUUAACCCACGGUAUAAAUUGGAGUAUAUUGAGUUUUGUUUUAGUCAUGUGUAUGGUCCAGAUGAGUACAAAGAGAUACUGAAAAACUUGAUUGAUCUCUUAGAAGAGUUGUUUGCUAAGUAUGAGGCACUGUAUCCUUUUCCCCCUGAUGCUUGUGAUGCUGGGGACUUAUCAUCGCAUGUUACCUCCCAAUCACAAGUUGGGCAUGAUGAUAACAGUGAAAAUGUUAAUUUGUUAGAUAAGUUCAAAUUAAGGGUAAAGGGAAAGCGAACUGGGCUUAUAAAGAACGAGUUAGACAGAUAUUUGAAUGAUGAUCUUGAGGAUGGUUUUAAUGGAUUUGACAUUUUGGGGUGGUGGAGAGGCAACACAACAAAGUAUUAUGUUCUUUCCCGGAUGGCUAGAGAUAUAUUAGCUAUUCCAGUAUCAACUGUAUCAUUGGAGUAUGCAUUUAACACUGAAGGUCGUGUUCUUGAUGAAUUUCGUAGUUUAUUGAGUGACACCACAGCUGAGGCUUUGAUUUGCGUCCAAAGUUGGUUGAAGUCCAGUACAAAGGUUGGUGAUUCUCAAGGUCCAGAAGAUGAAGCGGAGCUAUCUGGUGCAGGAAUCAUAAGACUCGAGGAGGUUGAGGAUGAUGAUGAAUAUCAAAGCCCAUGGCAAUAGCAAGAAACUAUUUGAAGUAAUGAACUUGAGAAGAGCAGACUACGAGGAACACUGAAGCACUUUGUGUUUUGCAGUUGAGGAUAUUCGAAGUGGAGCUGCUUGUUAGUUAAUUGCUUAUUUUUUGGUAUAUGAAGAAUUGAAGUAAUGGAUUUGAGAUGAUUUUGUAAUUUGAAGUUUCUGUGUCUUUUGAACUUAAGUUCUGUUGUCGUACUUAUCUUUACUUUGACAUUUUAUCAUUGUAGCUGUUCUUUACUUUAUCUUUACUGACUGAAGUUGAAAAGCACCAAAAUGUAUGAACAUGAAGCAGGUUGGUUUUGUUUAUUUUAAGUAAUGACUAAGCUUGUUUGUAUUUCA